AAGCUGGAGGCCAACUGGAAGAGUCUGAAUGGAGUCCCCUGGCACAUGAUCUGUUUCUUCCCGGCUGCUUGCAAAAUUUUCUCUUUGAUUUGGGAGCUGUGGAUCUUGGCAACCAUAUUUCUGGGUAUUUAUGAGCCGCUACUUCUUGUCUUACUUCAGUGAACCUACCUUCGAUGUGAAAAUUGCCUUUUGUCAGGGAUUUGAUAAACAAGUGGAUGUGUCAUAUAUUGCCAAACAUUACAACAUGAGCAAAAGCAAAGUAGACAACCAGUUCUGCAGUGUUGAAGUGGGAGAUUCAACGUUCACAGUCCUCAAACGCUACCAGAAUCUAAAGCCUAUUGGUUCUGGGGCUCAGGGAAUCGUUUGUGCUGCGUAUGAUGCUGUCCUUGACAGAAAUGUGGCCAUUAAGAAGCUCAGCAGACCAUUUCAGAACCAAACCCAUGCCAAACGAGCCUAUAGGGAGCUGGUCCUCAUGAAGUGUGUGAAUCAUAAAAAUAUUAUCAGUUUAUUAAAUGUCUUCACACCACAGAAAUCACUGGAAGAGUUCCAAGAUGUUUACCUUGUGAUGGAACUGAUGGACGCAAACUUGUGUCAGGUAAUUCAAAUGGAAUUGGAUCAUGAGCGCAUGUCUUACCUCCUGUACCAAAUGUUAUGUGGCAUCAAGCACCUUCACUCUGCCGGGAUCAUCCACAGGGAUUUAAAGCCCAGUAACAUUGUGGUGAAGUCUGACUGCACAUUGAAAAUUCUGGACUUUGGACUGGCCAGGACUGCAGGCACCAGCUUCAUGAUGACUCCGUAUGUGGUGACACGUUAUUACAGAGCACCAGAAGUCAUCCUGGGAAUGGGCUACAAAGAGAAUGUGGAUAUAUGGUCUGUAGGAUGCAUUAUGGGAGAAAUGGUUCGCCACAAAAUCCUCUUUCCAGGAAGGGAUUAUAUUGAUCAAUGGAACAAAGUAAUCGAGCAACUAGGAACGCCAUGCCCAGAAUUCAUGAAGAAAUUGCAACCCACAGUAAGAAAUUACGUGGAGAAUCGGCCCAAGUAUGCAGGGCUUACUUUCCCCAAGCUUUUUCCAGAUUCCCUCUUCCCUGCUGACUCCGAGCACAAUAAACUUAAAGCCAGCCAAGCCAGGGACCUUUUGUCAAAGAUGCUAGUGAUUGAUCCAGCCAAAAGGAUAUCAGUGGAUGAUGCCUUACAGCAUCCGUACAUCAACGUCUGGUACGAUCCAGCAGAAGUAGAGGCGCCUCCUCCACAGAUAUAUGAUAAACAGCUGGAUGAAAGGGAACAUACCAUUGAAGAAUGGAAAGAGCUGAUCUAUAAGGAAGUAAUGAAUUCUGAAGAAAAGACUAAAAAUGGAGUAGUAAAAGGACAACCUUCUCCUUCAGGUGCAGCAGUGAACAGCAGUGAGAGCCUCCCUCCAUCUUCUUCUGUCAAUGACAUCUCCUCCAUGUCCACUGACCAGACCCUGGCAUCUGACACUGAUAGUAGCUUGGAGACCUCGGCAGGACCACUUGGUUGUUGCAGGUGACUAGCCGCCUGCCUGCGAAACCCAGCGUUCUUCAGAAGAUGAGGAAACUGAAAAGAUGCACAACCGUGCGUGUGGGAUGUGAUAAUUAAGAGAAAAUGGGAAGAGAACAAAGUCUAAAAUUGAAACCAGGCUUUCAGCUUGCUUCUUCUGCAGAGUUAUGUAUUGCAACUCAGCCCAAGUGUAUAUUUAACUUAUAAUUGCUCUGCUUUCUUCUUCUUCUUCUUCCA